AUUGGUGUUUCCGCUUUUAACGUUGUGACAUCAGGAGGAACUAAACGCUGCACGAGCCAAGAGCACGCUCAACAGCAAGGACAUCAGACUACAAACAGAGACUUUCAGUCAGCGAGUGUUGAUGAUGGCAGUAGAUUGGGCUGGUUAUGGAUAUGCCGCUCUGGUGGCAUCUGGAGGAAUUAUUGGAUAUGUCAAAGCAGGCAGUGUUCCGUCCCUGGGCGCAGGGUUGCUUUUUGGGAGUUUGGCUGGUUUUGGAGCCUACCAGACAUCACAAGAUUCUAAAAACAUUUGGCUGUCUUUAGGCACAUCUGGGACUCUUGCUGCUAUCAUGGGAAUGAGAUUCUAUAACUCACGGAAGAUCAUGCCGGCUGGUCUCAUUGCUGGAGCAAGUCUCCUGAUGCUGGCUAAACUUGGAGCCGGUAUGCUACAGAAACCUCAGCAAUCAUGAUACACAAAUUAUGUGAUUUCCUUAAAACUUGCCUACUUUUCUUGUCAUUAAAGACAUGUCAUGGGUAUUUUGUAUAAUCUGUUCAAUAAAAAUGUAGUUUAAGGUUCAUUUGUGUGUGAACAUGAGUCUUCACCCAUUUCA